AUGGCGUUCGACUUCGAUGACAUGGAGGCGGAGGCCCAGGCACGCCUUGCGGAAGGCAAUGAUGCAGCGGCACGCCAGGCACUUGGGGCCGCGGAGACCCCGAACGAGUGGCGAGGAGGGACGCUGCCGCCGAUGCGAAACUUUCUGGAUCCGAAGAAGCGGUUUCUGCCGUCGCGACAAGACCUUCGAAAGUAUCUUGAGCCACUGAAACUGGACGUCGUGGAGACCUUCAACACGCGUAUACGUCUCUUCAUUUUCCCCGGUGCUGGGGACAGUGUGGCCAGCUGGGUUCAGUUUGUGAACCAGGUGCCCACCUGGAUUGAUGUUGCCAUCUACGAGCGCCCGGGGCACGGCCAGCGCUCCCUCGAACCCUUCGCCGAGAGGCUCGUGGAGGAUGCCGAGGAGGCCUUUCGAGCACUGGAGACAGUACUGGGACCCCAUGCCAAGGGUGGAAGCUUUGAGGGAGCGCCGUUUGCCCUCGCAGCCCACUCCAUGGGCUGCCAGAUGAUGAUGGAGGUGGCGCUGCGCUUGCGUCAGCAGAUGGGCCUCUCACCCGUGGCGAUGUUCCCCAUUGACCGCGGAGCCCCACACCUGCCCAUCUACACUGAGGAGGGCUAUCGGCUCCUCUGUAUGGACGAGCCUCUUGAGUUCUUCGAGGGGUUCAACCCCACUGUGCACAGGCUCAUGCUGAAGCCCAACCGGCACGAGUCGAAAGACACGCAGCGGAUGAUUGACAUGUGGAAGCGGGACCUGAGACUCUGCCAGGAACAUCUCUGGCCCGAAGGCCAUUUCAUCUUCCACUGUGAUCUGCACGUCAUCAAGGCCAUGCGGAACUUCUUACUGGACAGCAAGAAAGUGUUGCCAGAGGAGGCGGAGCGCGUCCGGGAGAUCAACUGGCGAAUUACAAAUUCUGGGCCAACAAGUGCAGCACCCUGGUCACACGAGAGCUUCGAUGCCUGGGCGCAGUGGACCACUUCGACGUGUACGGUCCACAGCGUCGAUGCCGAGCACAUUGGGGUGAAGCUGCACCCCGACACGAUCCGAAUUCUGACGGAGGUGCUGGAUUCAAAGACCGCGCUGUGA